UUCUCGGCUUCGGAGGAAAUCUCUGUCACUAGCCUUUGGUGAACUCAGUGGUCUCUUAAUUCCAGCUUUGCCGCUGCUCCUACAAUCCUGAGUAUAUGCUCUGAGACUCUAUAGGAAAUAAGGAAAAUUCUAUCCAGACCUGGAGCUGGGUCUCAUCUGCUUAUUCUGCAAAUUGGACAAGAUUCCUGCUUAAGGACAAAAGUACCUUAUAAUAUGUCUGAUAAAGAUGGUGCCCAGGAGAACCCUGCAGAGUAUUGCCCAGGAGGAUACCAUCCAGUACAGACUGGGGAGAUGCUGAACAGGAAAUACCAAGUUAUUCACAAAGUUGGCUGGGGCUAUUUCUCUACUGUAUGGCUCUGCCAUGAUUUACAGAAGAAGAAGCAUGUUGCAGUUAAAAUAUCAAAGAGUGGGAAGAAGUUCAAUGAGUCUGCACUGGAUGAGAUAGCACUGCUGAACUGUGUAAACGGAGCACGAAAAAAAGAAUCCCAAGGCGAGAACAUCAUACACUUUCUACAUGACUUUAGACUGAUCGGAGAAAAUGGUCUUCAUGUCUGUCUGGUGUUUGAGCUGCUGGGACCUUCUCUCCUACAUCUAAUGAAAACCUAUGGGCCAAGGGGUCUUCCACUGACCUGUGUGAAGAGGGUACUGCAGCAGGUGCUUCAAGGUCUGAGCUUUCUUCACAAGAAAUGCCGUAUCAUCCAUACUGAUAUCAAGCCCGAAAACAUACUUGUGUGUGUAAAGGCGGACAACUUCCAGCAGUACAUGGCAGAGGCAGAAAUCUGGAACCACAACAGAAGCCAUGGAGGUACAGUCAAUGGGGUAGAUGCCAACUUCUUAACUCAUCUAUUUGAAACUGGAAAUGCCGAUAUGCUUGGGGUGAAAAUUGCAGAUCUGGGCAGCGCAUGUUGGACAUGCAGAUUUCAGCAAUGUGCUUCUAUUUUGCAGUAUAAACCAUUCUCUGAAGAAAUCCAAACACAGCAAUACAGGGCACUGGAAGUCCUGCUGGGCUCUGGAUACAGUACCCCUGCCGAUAUAUGGAGUACAGCAUGUAUGGCAUUUGAAAUGGCUACUUCCUACUACCUGUUCGAGCCCCAAACUGGGGAAAAUGUCUCCAGAAAUGAAGAUCAUAUCGCCUGUAUUAUUGAACUGCUUGGACGAAUACCACCAAAAAUUGCAUUUUCAGGGAAAAACUCUGCAACGUUUUUUAACAAGCAAGGUGACCUCCUUCGGAUUCCAUACUUAUACCCAUGUGGCCUGUUUGACAAUCUGGUGAACCGGCACAAGUGGCAGAAGAACGAGGCGCUCAUAUUUGCCAGUUUCCUAUUACCAAUGCUAGAAUAUUAUCCGGAAAAGAGAGCGUCAGCUGAGAAAUGUCUGGAACAUUCAUGGUUACAGUCCUGAUGACCUCACAGCUACAUAUCACUUUAUUUCUAUUUUUAUACUUUACAUUGUUUUUCAUUAAUAAGACUUAAGAUACAGCUGUGAAGGAGCAUUAAUAAAAUAUU